AGAUGGCCACAAAAUCGAUGUAAAGCGAGACCACUCGACUCAUUUGUUCAUCAAUUUAUUCUCUGUGAAUACACGUUACUCAAUAUGUGCUUUUCUGAAACAAUUGUCAAGUUGAAUGUCGGCGGAUCUGUAUUCGAGACGUGGAAAUCGACACUGACCAAGCAGGAUGGAUUCUUCAAAACAUUAAUUGAGACUAAUGUUCCGGUUAAAAAGGACACUUCCGAUUGUUAUUUCAUUGAUCGCUCUCCAAAGUACUUUGAAACUGUGCUAAACUACAUGAGAUCCGGUGUUACAGUACUUCCAGACUCUGAAAAAGAACUACAAGAACUGAAAAAAGAAGCCGAAUUCUACUUGUUGGAGCAUUUGGUAGACUUGUGUGAACCUAUAAAAAACAAAAUCAGAACUUAUGGCUCGUCUCAUGAAUUGCUGCAAAUCAUCGCCAGCACCAAUAAGCCAGUUGUUGUGAUCAACUACUUAAUUCACAAUAACGAUAUCAUUUUCGUCCCAAAAGAAUUCCAAUUUUCUGAAUUUAUAGAGAAAAACCGUGAAUAUCUGGAAAUUUAUUUCCAGCCAAUGAACAAACGAGAACCAUGGCCUAUAGAUUUGACAAACAAAUUGAUACUCACCCCUGAACCACUUUGGAGCUUUCGAAUUUACAAUAUUACGCAUCCAUGUUGCGAUUUUUUUAAAGACUUGCCUUCCCUACAGAAAAAAAUCGGUGAUGUAUUGAACGAUGAAUGAAUAUCGAAAAGUCUUAAUCCACACAUUCAAAUUUAUCUCUGUGUUUACUAAUGUAUUCCCACAUUUUUCAAAAAAUUCAUUUUUAAAAUGUAUUCUUCAUUCUAAUUUAAUUUAAUUUAGUAGGCUCUCAACACAGAGCUCCGUCAAAUAAAGAGUCAUAUUAAAUCAUA